UGUUCGGUCACUCGUCACUUAUACUCUUGCCGUGGAGCGAAACGACCUCGAGCUCAUUGCGGCAUUUGCUCUGAACAUCUCGGAUCUCCAGCAACGACCAGCGCUAAACGUCGUACGUGAACAUUUCACCUUACUACGCGUCGUAGUCACCAUUUUGGAAAAUGAACCACUCGCACACCAAUGCCGGGUUCCCAUUGCGAUCCGACUUCUUUCGCAGCCUCCCGCUGGCCAAGUUCAAGAACGAUAAACUGUACCGGUUAGCGAAGGCGAACGCACUCACCUGUUUGAACCAGUCAUUCAACGACCAAUGGAGAUACGUUCCUCCUGAGAAGGAUGGCACUCAGAUCCGCAAGGACACGAGCAACAUGGCAGUCUCGUACCGACUCGUGCGUGCAGCUACGGUGCUCCGUUGCCAGGAGCACGAGGUUAACCAGGUCGUUGCCAAUACCAACUCGGAGAGCUGGCGCGAGUUCAUGCGCAAGUGCUUCGGCAAGUACUAUGUGGACACCCUCAUCCUCCACAACGUCAUCAAGCCCAAUGACAUCGACGUCGACACAGUGCAAGCACAAGGGCGGGUUGCUCGUUCAAACAGCCAACCUGAAGGCAGUGGCAGUGGAGAAAACUUGGACAACAAUCAGGAAAAGGAUCACGGUGAAAAUGAGACUAGACGCGGCAGUGUUUGGGACAAAGGAGCCGAGUCGUAUCCGCACAGGAACUCGGAGGCCAGCUCGGUUGACACUCCUACAGGAAAACUGUCGUCGGAAUGCAGCUCCACAGAAGAGCGCUUGAAAGAAGAGGCUGCCGCUGCUGCAGACGGACUAGGUGAACAAGCCGAGGAAAUGCUGACGGUGAAGUGGGCGGCUUUCGAGACAGGACUUUCAGGCAAGCGUGACGUGUGUCUAGUGGACUAUCUCUCGUUGGCAUAUGUGCCCAACUCUGAGCCACGCCAGCGUGUGCAUGUGUGGUGCUUCACGUCGGCUGAAGGUGAACGCGUAGGCUGCAUGGAGCUCAAGGAUACGCACCACGUGGCACGGACGAAGCUCACAAAACUGGGGUUGUUCUGGCGCAAAGUAUCUGAGGACGAGACUGAAGUCAUCGUGUGCGGUAGCUUCCCCUCAAAGCAUGCACCUAUGGUCAGUGCUAUUCUGUUAAGCUGCCUCAAUCGACUGCAAGGGAUCGUCGAGGAUUUACGCAUGGGCAGUCAGCUCUACAUCCAACGAGCCACAUGGGUUAAGAACAAUGAACGCACAACGUGUAAUCUGUGCACACGUAACUUCCACGCUCUGCGACGUAAACACCACUGCCGUCGUUGUGGCGAGGUCGUGUGCUCGGACUGCUCGACGGUCGAAACGAUUGAUCUGCCUGCCAUCGGCUACUCGAAGCUGCGCCUCUGUAAAGUUUGCUCCAUCCGAGCACGCACCACUCCGCUUAAGCAGCUCGCCAAGACCAACGUGUUCGACCACCUCGUACGCGCUCGCAGCCUCAGUAACGUCGGAUCAUCGACUGCCGGAUCGUCGUUUGCACGGUCUUCAUACACCGACAACAACCAAGCUGGUCAUCAAGAGGACAGCUACAGCCACAGCACCACCUCGGAUGCGGCAUCCAGUGGCACUAACAACCGUGCACAGGGCUCAUUCAGAGCCAACAGCACCGCCACUAACAGCAUUGUCGACAACCAAUCGGCGGAUUCGUUCAGCGAGUACACUAUCUCCGCACAGAGCGUCGAACCCGUCGGCAGCCCCGUCGACAAUAAUGAAGUCACAGCCGUGGUGCACCCCAUGUCGGCGUGUUUGGGCUCUCCUACCGAAGACUACGACGACUUUAUCAAUGAGCGCUGUCUGAAGACGCAACUGCGUGCGAUGGAGCAGAAGAAGCGCUCGACGGGGAGUAACAGCAACAUGUUCGACCUGUUGUGCGAGUUGGCGUGCCAGACACUCAACUGUCCGAUUGCAUCGGUCUCAAUCGUGGACGACAAGGACAACUUUAUCCGUUCUGCUGUUGGUCUCGACGAGAGCUCAACACUUGAAGGCGAACUGUCCGUCUUUAUCGAGAAGAUCAUGGGGUCCACCCCGACUAUCGUACUGGAUGCCAGUGUUGAUAAGCAGGCGCUCAAAUUCUUCUCGCUGCGGUCACUCCCAGCUAUCCGCUUCUUCGCUGGGUGCCCAAUCUACUCUCGCACCGGAAAGAAACUUGGAUAUGUCUGCGUUGCUGACUAUGCUAAGCGCGACACUCUCGGAGCAAGUUGUGCCUUCACUAUGGAGCGACUCGCCACCUUGGCAGUCACCACAAUGGAGCGUAACAUCAUUAUCAAAAACAACAACACAAACGGUGCCUCCAGCCCAGAAGAAGCUGACUUCACAAAACGAGCACCAGCGCCGACGCCAAUGCACCCGGCGAUGCUCUUUGACCGGCCUAAUAGUAGCAGUGCCACUGGUAAGAGCCACAACAACGGUAAAGACCAAUCGGAGGCACUAGUUGGUCGCGUAUACGAAAUUGUGGAAGACGAGAUGCCGCCCGUGGCCACGCCUUCGACAGUCAACUUAAACUCAACACGGUCAGUCGCCGGUGAACGAAGUGCUGGCUACUACGAGGCCCAGGAACGCAUGCGCAAGCUACUCCUCAAGUCUUACCAUACGCAACAAACGCUCGCGACUGGCGGAUCACAGUAGUUGAUGGACAAGUGUUGGUAGUUAGCAAAAGUGUUUUUCACUUGUCUUUUUAUCUUUCAAGCUGCACAUAUCUACACUAUUCCAUCUCAUCUAACGAUUAAUGUAGCUUACUCGUCAGUAACGC